AUGACAGACACAGAUCCCGGGUUCAUUGCUGCACUUGAAGAAGCGAAGCAGGGGUUGGCGGAGGGAGGGGUACCGAUUGGAGCAUGCCUCGUAUCCAAAGACGGCAAAGUCCUCGGUCGCGGACAUAAUAUGCGUGUGCAAAAGGGCAGCGCGACUCUUCAUGGCGAGAUCUCGGCCCUCGAAAACUCCGGCCGUCUACCGGCAUCAGCAUACGCUGGAGCCACAAUGUACACGACGCUCAGUCCCUGUGACAUGUGUACGGGUGCUUGUCUGCUGUACAAAGUGGGCCGGGUGGUGAUUGGGGAGAACAAGACGUUCAUGGGGGGCGAAGAGUACUUGAAACAGAGGGGUGUCGAGGUGGUUGUGCUGGAGAGCCGCGAGUGUGAGGAGCUCAUGAGAGUGUUUAUUGAGGAGAAGCCUCGUGUGUGGAAUGAAGAUAUUGGCGAGGAAUGA